AGCAGCUGUUUUUCUCUUAUUCUUCCAUUUGCUUUCUCACCAAAAACGCCAUGGAAUGUAAAGACAAACUUGCUCUUGUUUGUCCAUUCUCAUCGUCUCCAUCUUCUUCUUCCAUUUCUUCACAAAACCCUUUGCAGUCUUCUCCAAGUUUCCCUUCUUCUUCACAGUCAUCUCCACCGUCUCCUCCACAUGUUGUUCUCAGCCCUUGUGCCGCCUGCAAAAUCCUCCGCCGCCGCUGCGUCGAAAAAUGUGUUUUAGCUCCGUAUUUUCCACCAACUGAACCUUACAAGUUCACCAUUGCUCAUCGAGUCUUUGGAGCCAGCAACAUCAUCAAAUUCUUGCAGGAUCUUCCUGAGUCUCUAAGAGCUGAUGCAGUAAGCAGCAUCGUGUAUGAGGCAAAUGCGAGGAUACGAGACCCAGUUUAUGGUUGCGCUGGAGCAAUUUGUCAUCUUCAAAAACAGAUCGGUGAGCUGCAAGCGCAGCUGGCCAGGGCUCAAGCAGAGCUCGUCACGAUGCAAUGCCAACAGCGCAAUUUGAUCGCCUUGAUUUGCGUGGAAAUGGGGCAAUCUCAAGAACCGAUUUUGCAGCAGCAACAAUUACAACAACAACAGCAGCAGCAACAAUUCACCGACACAAGCUGCUUUCUCGAUGACAACAGUUUUGGCUCCUCUUGGGAACCACUUUGGACAUGAUCGAAUUGAGAGAUCAAUGUGUUAAAAUAUAAUUAGGGAAAACUAAGUGUCAACUAAUAAGGGAGAUUUGGUCUGUCAGCUAGAAUUUGAGUGAUUAUGCCUUUUGAUUCAUGUCAACAAACGAAAUUAAAUUAUGGGAAAUCUCUAAAAAAAUUAUAUAUAUAUAUUUUUUAUAGAA